UUUUGAAAGGUCCGGGUUGUAGUGUGGUAGGAGCGCGUUGUUUUAUCCGUUCAGACACUGAGGGAGAGCAGAGAGGAGCUGCUACUAAUCAGAAUCCCGUGUGCUGCCAUGGACAGUGUGGAUAUGGAAUCUGUCCAGAUUAAAGAGGAGUUCUCUGAACCUGAACUUGUCCCCUUUAGAGCGGAGGUCUCUGGGCUGGCUUCCCUCCCCAUUAAACAGGAGCUCUGUGAGAUGCAAUGUGACAGCAGUCAGCCACAGUUCUCUGAGAUUAAAGCUGAGCACAAUGAAUUGGAGAUCUCUCAGACAGAAGAACCCCUUCCUGUGAAACAAGAGGAGGUGCUGGAAAUUAACCAUAUUAAACAGGAGCCCCCUGAAGUAGAGUUUGACCACGUGGAACCAGGGAAGGAAGAAUCCGAGGACUUCAAACCAAACAUCCCUGAGCUGGAGAGAGUCUGUGUGAGAGAGCAAGGCGCUGGAGAGGGAGGCUGUCUCAACAGCAUGCAAGGAGGUGGACAGGGAGAUGGGCAGUCACAUUCAGAAUGCAGUCUAGCAGGUUCCAGUCCAGCAGCUAAAGCGAGGGCAGGCGGUGGAGAAUAUCCUGACUGUGGGAAAGGUUUCACCCAGCGAACUCACACAGGCGAGAAACCGUAUUGCUGCACUGACUGUGGGAAGAGUUUCAGUCAGUCAAACAUCCUUGUUGCACACCAGCGAAUUCACACAGGAGAGAAACCAUAUCACUGCUCUGACUGUGGGAAGAAUUUCAGUCAGUCAAACAGCCUUGUUUUUCACCAGCGAACUCACACAGGAGAGAAACCGUAUCACUGCUCGGACUGUGGGAAGAGUUUCAGUCGGUCAAACAGCCUUGUUUUACACCAGCGAACUCACACAGGAGAGAAACCGUAUCACUGCUCGGACUGUGGGAAGAGUUUCAGUCGGUCAAACAGCCUUGUUUUUCACCAGCGAACUCACACAGGAGAGAAACCGUAUCACUGCUCUGACUGUGGGAAGAAUUUCAGUCGGUCAGGCAGCCUUGUUUCACACCAGCGAACUCACACAGGAGAGAAACCUUAUCGCUGCUCUGACUGUGGGAAGAGUUUCAGACAGUUAUGCAGCCUUGUUGCACACCAGCGAACUCACACAGGAGAGAAACCGUAUCACUGCUCUGACUGUGGGAAGAGUUUCAGUUGGUCAGACAGCCUUGUUUCACACCAGCGAACUCACACAGGAGAGAAACUCUAUGUUGCUUGUGACCAAAUCCCGCGAGGAUUUCUGAGACAAUCUCUUCUAGUGACGCAUGAGAAAAGGCUGGCAGGCGGUGGAGAAUAUCCUGACUGUGGAAAAGGUUUAACGCAGUUAGGGCAUUUAAACAAAACCCAGCGAACUCACACAGGCGAGAAACCGUAUUGCUGCACUGACUGUGGGAAGAGUUUCAGUCAUUCAAACAGCCUUGUUUUACACCAGCGCAUUCACACAGGAGAGAAACCGUAUCACUGCUGUGACUGUGGGAAGAGUUUCAGUCAGUCAAGCAGCCUUGUUUUUCACCAGCGAACUCACACAGGAGAGAAACCGUAUCACUGCUCUGACUGUGGGAAGAGUUACAGUCAGUUAGGAAGCCUAAAAGGACACCAGCGAACUCACACAGGAGAGAAACCGUAUCACUGCUCUGACUGUGGGAAGAGUUUCAGUUGGUCAGACAGCCUUGUUUCACACCAGCGAACUCACACAGGAGAGAAACCGUAUCACUGCUCUGACUGUGGGAAGAGUUUCAGUCGGUCAAACAGCCUUGUCUUACAUGAACGAACUCACACAGGAGAGAAACCGUAUCACUGCUCUGACUGUGGGAAGAGUUUCAGACAGUUAGGCAGCCUUGUUUCACACCAGCGAACUCACACAGGAGAGAAACCAUAUCACUGCUCUGACUGUGGGAAGAGUUACAGUCAGUUAGGAAGCCUAAAAGGACACCAGCAAACUCACACAGGAGAGAAACCGUAUCACUGCUCUGACUGUGGGAAGAGUUUCAGUUGGUCAGACAGCCUUGUUUCACACCAGCGAACUCACACAGGAGAGAAACUGUGUCUCUUAAACAAGCCCUUCCAAAACACCAGUGAAUUCACAGAGGAGAGAAACCUUAAAUACUGAUUUGUGUAUCACUCUUAACUCUUUCUGGUCCAUUUAUUCAGCAUGUAUGUUUUGUGUAUCACUCUUAAGAGCAUGCAUUUGAAAAUGUAAAAAUGCAAAUCAACUCUCUUGCUCUCUGUCAAAGUGGGCGGUGACGCUAACACGUCACAAGAGGCUUCUCUGCUGUCAGUUUAACUCAGGCUGCCAAUGCAGUCAGUGCCUGGGAGUGGGAAUAUGCAGAAAGGAAACUAUUCCACACCUCAUCUGAUGGACGAGUCAGGAGAAAUCAAUAACUCGGUGUGGAAAUGAGUUUCAGAGUUUAACAUUUGAACUUCAUUAACUUGAAAAUAAAUAAAUUGAUGGGAAUGAGUAUCCAGACCCCUGAUGUAGCAUCCCAGAGACGAGACUGCAGCGUCCUUACUGGGCAACCGCCUGGAGGAUGGGUCUUGGAAAUUCAUCACUAUUCAAAAACGAAUGAAAACUGAUAGUGUUGCAUGACUGUAUUAUGACAUGAAUGAGUGAAUAUUGCGUGACGUGUCGCUUUGCAGUGUGCAUUGUCCAUGCUUGUGUUUGUGUUGCUUUUGUAAAGUGCCCCGAGUAAUAGCAGCGCAGCAGGCAUGUGUACGGAUCUUGGGUACAGAAAGUCAUAGCGGUUUCAUCCCUGGCUCUUUCUUGCUCUUUUGCAAUAUCUUGCACUCGGUGACGAAAUUCCCAAUGAAAAUGUAGCUGAGCUAUGACUAUUAAUCAGGGUUCGUACGCUAGUCUGGAGUCUGGAAAAAGUAUGGAAAAAUGCAAAACUGAUUUCCAGGGCUUGAAAAUGCUUGAAAAACCACGUCUCCAUUAUGAAAGUCUUGAAAAAGUCUGGAAUUUUACUAGCAACACGGGAGAAUGAAAAUGAUUCCGCGAUUACUUUUAUUAUUAAUAAUAAUUGAUCUCUAAAGCAGGUCAGCAGCUCUAGCAGUAACUGUCUAGACAGUUUACUAGUAGCAGCUAUGUUGCUUGUGACCAAAUCCCGCGAGGAUUGCCCCGUGUAACACCCCUGACAACGUCCUCACAACUCAAAAGCAAUCCUAUCCAGUCAGCGCACUGGUAUAUGUCACAUGACUGUCUGCUCCAGUGAAACGAAGGGUAAAAUGGACUCUACGACAGCCAAGGCUAUGAUUUUUUAAACAAAGUUACAGACUGGAAUUACAAGCUACUGUACUCUGCUCACCGAGACUCACAUUGUGUUAUCUUGUUGUUACCUUUAUUAAAUCAUUAAUGUUAUUUCAAACCCAGGAAAAAAAAAUGUAAUACGAUAGUUAGGGUGUAUUCAAACUGGGUUCAUUUCAAACGUCCUCAGUUCGGUUCGUUUGCUUUGAAGCAAUGUAUCAAUGUGCUAGCUGUUCACACUUGCCUUGUAUACAAACGUACUGAGUUCGUAUAAUGUGUAAAAAAAUAAUAUAAUAUAAUGUGUAAAAAAAAAAAAAAAAAUAAUAAUUGUAUGUGAAAAUAAUGUGAUAUCUUGUAACAAUUGUAAGUCGUCCUGGAUAAGAGUGUCUGCUAAGAAAUAAAUAAUAAUAAUAAUAAUCAUCAAGUGAGCUCAUUUUUUAUUAAUAAAAGACCAUCGGAUGUUUCCAUUUUCUGGCAUUGCUUCUUCACACUAUGUAAAUAUUCAAAUACAAUAGUAGUACAGUAGCCUACUGUAUAUAUUGUUUAAUGUUUUGUUUUUUUUUCAUUUAUAUAAAAUCCUUGUAUAUUAAAAAAAAGAACUACGGUAUUGUAAUAAUGACAACAGAUAUUGUUUAGGGAUAUAGCUCCUCGUGUAAAACAUUAGCAUAGAGUGUGUACAGCGAUGAAUAAAUAAAUUGUGUUUUAUUUCAUUUAUGCAAAACAACAGCGAACA